AUGCAGGUGUAGAGAGAAAGAAAGGGUUUGUUGUGGUGGGUUUUCUGGGAGCCUCUUAGCUUUCUUGAGGGUUUUGAGUUUAAGAAAUAAAAAAGGAGACAUUUUUAUUGUUGGAUAUGGCAGAUUUUGGGUGCUUGGACACAGACAUUCCCUUUGAUGUGCUCUCCCGCUUGCAAACGAAAGAUUUGCUGGGAUUGAAGUGUGUCUCUAAAGAAUGGAAGGACCUCAUAUCUGAUCGCUCUUUCAUCCAGGCUCAGUCACAAAAGAAAGAGCCACUGUCAGGAUUCUUCUUCCAGCAGAGGCAUCGGUACUGUCCUGAUGACAUAAAAACAAUUACCUAUUUUCCUGUUGAAAGGACUAGAUUGCAGCAGGAUGUCUUCGCUUUCCUCCCUCAGGAUGUCGUGGUGUUGGCAUCGUGCAAUGGGCUUGUUUGUUGUCGAAGUUGCUACCCUUUUGAAGAUCCAGCUAUCUAUGUCUGCAACCCCUUGAACAGUGAAUGGUGGAAACUGGAUUGGAAGGAACCUGGCAAAGAAAGCUUCAUUGCUCUGGCGUUCAAUCCCUUCACGGAUAUCUCUGUCAAUUUGACAAAUUUCAAGGUUGUUAGACCGAGGCAAUUUGAGACUGAGCAGGAGGAAGCAUACUUCUCAUUUGAAAUAUAUGCCUCAAGGACAAGGAAUUGGAAGCUAUCAAAAGAGGUUUGCUGGUGUGACAAAAGUUUAUCCAAGAAUGAAGGCAUUUUUAGUGGAGGGAUCUUACACUGGCUCACUGAUGGUGACCAAAUCCUGACUUUUAAUGUAGAGAAUGAACUAGCUUGGCUGAUUUCAACGCCACUCCCAGCUGGAGAGUUUAACAGCACGCCUCAAGCUUGCAUUGGAGAAUCUGAAGGUCAACUGUAUUAUGUACUGAUCUCUGAAGAAGGACUUCAUGUAUGGGUUCUUGAGGACUACUUUGAUUCUACUUGGUCUCUCAAGUACUCGAAAACUCUUGCGCAGAUAGAAAAGGAACACUCGGGCGUCAUGAUCAAUUUAUACAACAGAGUGAUGCUCUGGCAGAGAAUUGAUGAUCGCCCAUGGAUGGAUCCCUUGGCCUUCAAAGAUGGGGUCUUGGUAGUAAGGAUAUCUAAUACCAUCCACUUAUAUCAUGUUGACACCAGCAAGAUUGAGGAAGUUGGCGAGACUUCAAAGUUCGGUGCAAUGUCCUGGGUUUCCCCCAUAGUGCUUCCCUAUACCAUGAGCCUGGUUCCUUUAGGUCGUAAAUUGGGGUCACCUUAAUUUUCAUCCUCUGCUGACUGUGAGCUUAUAUAGCUUAGGAAAGUAGUGCCUGACAGGAUUCUCAAAUUAGUAGAGACCAGUUUUGAAUCUGAGCUCUUAUGGAUCCUGACACUGUUAAAAGGAAUCCUCUUUUGUCCAUGAUGACUUGACUUUUGAAUUACUAUAUAGUUUCAGCUUUACUAGUUGUCAUUUGUUGGUAUUUUUAAUAAUCUUUUGUAAUUCUUGCAAGUUAA